AUGGCUCACAUGCUGGCCGUCUGCUUCGUCGCCUUCGCCAGGGUGGCGUUCGGUCAGUUUGAGGGGUGGAUUGGGGAUCAAGUCAAUGCUUCGAUGUGUCUAUGGGCGCAACCAAGAGCUGGCGUUGUCAGAGACACACUAUACCUCGACGGUGGCUUUCUGUACUGGAGCCAAGGGCUUUCGAAUGGUGAAUAUGGAGCCCCAGAACAACAAGAAAACCCCCUCGGCCUCAUGUAUACUCUCAACUUCAGCCGCCCGUUCCAGUCGUCUGACAACUUGACGGCGCUCUUCGGGACGAUAUCCAAAGCCCGCGGCGGUAUUGGCAAUGCCAACAACGACGCACCCAACUAUUAUGACGGAGCCAUGUUCGUGAACGACGCUCAACUGUCGCUCUACGGAGGCUUGGUCAAGAAGACAGAUGCCUUCCCAUCCCCUCGCGCGGAUGAUGCCCUGACCUACCAGGCUUACCAAUACGGCUCUGUGAGGGAUCAGUUCGAACCAGGCUUCGUCUCAAACACCCUUCCGGGUGGUAUGACGCGGUACGUCGCCUACGGUGGAGCAGUCAGCGCACCGUCCGAGAAUAUGGCAUGGUACUACGGUGGACUUCGAGCACCAAACUGGGGGCCAGUGUUUCAACGAAAUAUAAACCUCACCGAGAACGCUCUCAACAGCUCGGAUACCCUUCUCACUCUGGACAUGGCGAUCCAGACAGACCCUGUGUGGACGAACAAUACCUUGCCGGGCGGGGUCAAGAGCCGGGCGAACCCUGAGGUGGUCUGGGUUCCCGUGGGUGAACAGGGCAUCCUGGUGGUUAUCGGAGGAGUCGUCUACCCGGACUGGUUGACAAGCGCCCGCCAGUCGGAGAAUCCAACCCAGAGCAGGGUGGAAGGCGACGAGUUCAUGAGUACGAUAGAAGUUUACGAUAUCGCCAACAACACCUGGUACAGGCAAGCCACCUCGGAGGGCCCGACAGCACGCACGCGAGCAUGUGCCGUGGUGGCUUCAACGCAAGACCGCUCCAGCUUCAACAUUUAUUACUAUGGAGGCUAUCCCGGCGUGGACCCCAAGGUGGAGAUGAACGAUGAGGUCUGGGUCCUGUCCCUGCCUUCCUUUACCUGGACCAUGCUCAGUGAGGGUAGGCCGGGUUACGGUCGGAACGGGCAUAAAUGCUUUAUGCCCUAUCCCGACCAGAUGAUGGUCAUUGGCGGAAUGACCUCCGAGGCUGGCGAUAACCUCGAGUGCCUUGCUGGUCUCAUCCAGAUCUACAACCUCACCAGUGGCCAGUGGAUGGACGGCUACGACCCGGAGAGGUACGCUGAUUACGGUGUCCCCACCGUCGUCAGGGACGUCAUCGGCGGCAGUGCGGCAGGAGGAGCUACCUUGACGACUCCGAGCCCGUCAGGGUGGUCAGACGACAAUCUGGCUGACAUCUUCAUGACGCCAUACCCGACGUCGAAGAUUCAAACCUGGUAUCCCUACCCUAGAGUGACCGAGGUCAACCAACCGACAAUUGAGCCAGGGGGCGAUGGAAAGAACGCCAGUGACGAUUCCCGGGGUGGCAGCGGCCUGCCAGAAUGGGUCGGCCCAACUCUGGGUGUUGUCCUGGGGCUGGUCUCCCUCGGUGCGUUCCUCGUCGGCUUCUGCCUCUGGCGCAGGCGUACGCUUCGCAAGCAGGGGGCCCGCACCGACUAUAACGGCACCCGUAUCCUCUCCUGGAUCAGGGGCCAGCCGACCGAAGAUAAAGCUCCCACCCUCACUACGUGGGACACCCAGCACGCUCUCCUUCCGUCCCAACUCUGCCUUUCGUAUCACAAUACUUCAAUGCCCCCUGAGCUCUCUGAUACGGGCCUCACCCCCAUGGAGGUCAUUGACAAGCACACGCAUUUCGGCAACUCAUCGUACCCCACGUCCAUCCAACCGACAUACCACUAUAGCUCCGUCUCGGAUACCGAUUUUUUGUCCGCCUCUCGUUCAUCGGGCGUCCUUGGCCGCUACUCCCUCGCCGACUCUCCAACCUGUGGCGUCGUCAGCCCUGUUGGCGCUUCCGACCCGGCCGUCGGAAUGAGGGAUCGCGUAUUGUCCGGUAUCUCCGGCAUGAGCGACCGCAACACUGGCCAUCUCCGCCAGAUCAGCGAAGUCACCGUCAGUGCACAUUUGACUCUUCCUGCAACAGCUCACGCCAACUUCAGCAAGCGCUUUAUGAAAUCUUGCGCAAGUAGUCCACUCUAG